CAAUCUUGAUCGAGGACACUGUGCUACAGUGCAUUGGGACCGCAUGGCUCAACGUCCUGUUUAUAUCAGUACCUCGUAGUCUCUUAUUCGCACUUCCAGCUCCUCCAUUACCAGACAGCAGCGGAUCAACUGUCGGCUCGAGUGCGCGGUAGUGUCAGUGCUCCGAUGUCGGCGAGCCCCCCUCAGGCCAUCAACUCGAAGAUUUUUCGAAGCCGUCGUCGCCGUCGAGCCGUAAGCUACCGUGGCCGAGAGCUGAAUUUUAGUGCUGCUGUAGUGGAAUCAGAAAGGACAGGAAUGACGAGAACGUUUCCUUCUCUGCGAUCCCAACUUCACACUGACCCAGAUGGUCGAUCGGAGUCAGCGUCUUGCUUCUAACAAUGUGCUUCAGUCAACUGUGACACAGGUUAUCCCGCCUCCUUGCAGCCAUCAGGAUGAUUAUGCAGUCUGUCAAGCUUACCAGAAGAUUCUCAUCAGAAUGGUGGUGCCAUCAGCAUUCAGAUACCGACAUCUGUCAGGCUUUGGACGGGUUCCACGCGCUUUGAGAUGGCGGUCAAAAGCUUCUCUGCACGUUAUCGACUGGAAACGUCCAUCUUCGCUGCAAUAGCUCUGGUCAGCCUUUGAGGCCGAGCUUGGGAUUCCAAGUCGGUGGUACUACUACCACCUAUGUUCAUAACGCAGAUUCUCCACACACUGUUUACUCGUCGUCUCUUACUCAUCUGUCACAUUCUGGAUCGGAGGUCUCUAUGUAUGAGUUCUCUCCAGAUCUCGGUAUACCGCCUCAGCUCUGGAGAAGCCGGGACAGUACUUCUAGCAGCAUGAAUCCUUGUCCGGAAGCACCAUUUAAACCUUCAGACAACUUCGCUGCGCAUCCUUUUCUUCUCCGCUUACCGUUAUCGCUGAAACGAUGCUACACUGCUACAGACCCUACGUGGUGGCCCAGCAUUGUACUGGGUCGUCACACUUUCAUCCGCAAGAUGUUACCUGCUCUUCGGAGAUGACUCAGGGAAGCCCUCGUUUGUCGUCGGCAAUACUGGAACGUCACGCCUAACACACCUAGGGUGUCCCAGGAGCCCUUGUCGUGCGAGCUAGCUUCUUCAAGGCCAUGAUUGAACAAUUGUGGUUGGCUUGACAAGGCGUGGAGCCAUCUAUCACUCUAAUCUACGUCUUGGAGAUAACUUAAGAACAGUACUCCGUAUGUUGUUGAUAUCUCAUCGCUUGUACAUCAUGCACCGGGUUUUCAUCAUCGAACGGAAUGGCAUGAAAUUGUAGCCGGAAACGUUCCGCUCGGUGUAGGCCCGCAUGAACCCCCCCAAACAUCCACAAUCGGGUAAUUCACACAAUGAUCGUGUAUGCCGUCUCCAACUGCAUGGGCACAAUAAGAGUCAAAUAGAAUAUCGCUCGCACUCCAGACUGACUGUCCUCACUCCCGUCGCUCUUCGAACUUUUAGCACACCAACAACAACCAUCACUAAACCCCUCUCAAGUCUUUAUCAAAGCCAUGACAGCCAAAGUCGCGCUCGUGACGGCCUCGAGCGCCGGGCUCGGUGCAGCCACCGUCAAAGCCCUAGCCCCCUACUUCCGCGUCGUGGUCAACUACAACUCACGCUCGGAAAAGGCACAGGAAGUGAUCAGCCAGGCGUCCGCCAUCACCCCGACAUACACGUUGUCAUCCACCGAUGGCAAACAGCAGCCGCGCUUCCACGCCAUCAAGGCCGACAUCUCGCAGCGCGCCGAGAUCCAGCGCCUGGUGUCCGAGACCGUCGACGUCAUGGGCCGGUUGGACGUCGUGAUCAGCAACGCCGGCUGGACGCGGCUGACCAACUUCUUCGACAUUGAGCAGCAGGUCAACGAGGACGACUGGGACAAGUGCUUCAACCUCAACGUCAAGGCGCACCUGUGGUUGUUGUACGCGGCCAAAGACCAUCUCGAGAAGGCCGCCGACGAAGAGGGCGGCAUUGGCGGCGCCUUUGUGACCGUGGCCAGUCUGGCCGGCGUCAGGCCAAGUGGAAGUUCGUUGCCCUACAGCGUGACCAAAGCGGCCGAGAUCCACUUGACCAAAGGACUGGCCGUGAUCUGCGGGAGGAAGAUCAGGUGUAACAGUGUGAGCCCGGGCUUGAUGAUGACCGAGUGGGGCAACAAAUUCCCAGAGGCCAAGGUCAAAGCGACGACGGAAAAAUCAGCACUCAAGUCAACAGCGUCGCCAGAGGACGUUGCAGAUCAAAUCAGGACCCUGGUAUUGAGCAAGUCCAUUACAGGACAGAACAUCGUUAUGGACUGUGGUAUUGCGAUAUAGAAACCAAAAGGGUUCUGAAAACACACACCAUCUCAUCACCCUUUCGUCCCCUGCUCAAUUCACUCAAUCCGAGUAUCUAAGCUCGUCAUUGUCCCUGUGAAUGGCUGCAUACUCUUCAAGCUCCUGCUCAGUUCUCGUCGAUGCGAGUUCCUCAAUCCCCAUCGCCCUCCAACCGGUCUCAGGGCCGAGAAGCAUCGAAUUCAUGUUCAGUGGUUCCCUGAUACCACCCCAGCGACCGGUCUCAGUAUCGAGCCGCAGCAGGUCCGUGUUGACCGUUUCCUCACGGCCUGCCAGUAAGUCUUCAAUCUUAUUCUUCUCGGCCCGUAAUUGUCGCAAUAGAAAGAGAUGUUCUUCCAGUUUCUCUCGAUGUUGCAUCAGUAAGCUUCUAAG